AUGGGUGCUUCUUCCUCUUCAGUUUCAGUCCCCCCACAAAAUUCGAUCCACGAUUUCAACGUCAAGGACAGUAAAGGCAAUGAUGUGAAUCUGAGUGUUUAUAAAGGCAAGGUCUUGCUUGUUGUUAAUGUCGCGUCCAAAUGUGGGUUCACGAACUCAAAUUAUACACAGAUGUCUGAGCUUUAUUCCAAGUACAAGGAUAAAGGUUUUGAGAUAUUGGCCUUCCCGUGCAAUCAGUUCUUGUAUCAAGAGCCAGGCUCAAGCCAAGAAGCAGAACAAUUUGCUUGCACAAGAUUCAAAGCUGAGUAUCCCAUCUUUCAAAAGAUAAGAGUGAAUGGGCCAAAUACAGCACCUGUGUAUAAGUUCCUUAAGGCAAGUAAAGGUGGUUUUUGCGGGUCUCGCAUAAAAUGGAACUUCACCAAAUUUCUAGUUGACAAAGAUGGUCGUGUGAUCAAACGUUAUGGGACUUCUACCCCACCCUUGGCAAUCGAGGGUGAUAUAAAAAAAGCUCUCGGUGAAGAUUGA